UGCUCUCCAUUUACAAGGUUAACUUAGGCCUGGGAAAGAGAAGGGUAUGACCGAAAUAGUUACGCAAAUUACAAUGUGAUUUAACUUCGAGGACAGCGACUUUCCACUUAAGCAUGCCAUGAGCUGGAUAACAGCAUGAUAAACGAACACGGAGAACUGCUGGGUCCUUCCGAAACAGAGAAUGACGGGUCGGCUGGUGCUAGUGCAGAGUCUAGUUCCUCAAACAAGAUGCCUAGGCCCUACGCAGGCGCUGAUGAUUCAAUGGAUGAUAUUGCGAGCGGACCUGGAGGCAGUCAAUCGCCCACCAAAGUACCCAAACCCGAACUACUUGUUGGUGAUUUGGUGUGGUCCAAGAUCCCAGGGCAUGCUUGGUGGCCAUCGAUGGUAUCUUACGAGCCAAAUAAGGCUGUUUAUUUCCAGAGUUCGGGCAAAGGGAAGACAUGUUUUAAAUACCAUGUCCAGUUUUUUGGUGACGAGCCUCAACGUGGAUGGGUUUCAGACAAGAAUAUGAUAAAAUUCACAGGCAAAGAUCCGGCCAUGGAGCUACCAACCACUGUUACUCCUAAACGUGACAAGCUUGCACAUUCAAAACAAGCAAAGGCUUGGGAAAGGGCACUGGAACAAGCACAAAAAGCACUCCCUUUAAAUCGACAGCAGAGAAAACUGUGUUAUGUCUUCAAAUACAAUGACGACCAUCUCAGCCAGAAAAUAACAAAGCCUAGUAAAUCCCCGGACUCUCCAACAAAGAAGAAGGAGAAGCUGCCAAAGAAAGGAGUAAAAGUAAAACCCAGGGUUACACGCCGUUCAUGUUUGCUAGGUAAACCUGAUGUCCAGCACGAGGAUCCUGGCGGUGGUAGUUCUGACGAUUUUUAUGAUAAAGAAAUCGAUACCGAAAAUAAUUUAGAUCAUUUAGAUGUUUGUAUUAGCUCAUCGGAAAGUAAGAACGUUAGCUUAAAGCAGUCUCAAGAUAAAAAAUCCAAUAUUGUUGAUUGUGAUAGAGGGUUAAAAAAUAAGUCAACCUGGAAAAGAAGAGGACGAUCAGCUGCUGUAAUACAAGGUCUCCUGAUAAAUGCAGUCCCUUCAACGCCGAAUAGUCUUGCAAAUACCGUUUCAGUAAUGACAGUAAAUGAGCCAUGUGUAGAUAGCUGUGAUCUGAUUGCUAGAAUGGAAGUAAAAGAUCCAGCUCUGAUUGAUGAAAAAUUUGACAAAUUUAAGGUUUCAAGGCUGAAUAGCAAACUUAAAGAAGGGGAAUUGGCAAGUUCAAACAAAAGAUAUCGCGAUGUUGAGAAAGAUGAGUUACUCAAAAAGCCCAAGAAAAUCAAACUUGAAUUUCUGCCAAGUAAAGCGCCAUAUUUUGAAAUAGUUCCAAAGAAGAUUUUGAAAAAUAAACAAACACAGACCCCAGAGCGGAAAAGCAAGAAGAGCAACGAAGGGACUAAAGCUAAGAGCAGGAAGAAAGGUUGCACGCGGAGAAAUAUCAAAACAAAGGAAACUCAUGCUUCUAAAAAGUUUUCAAGACAGUUGAAAUUGCCAACAGCAAAGAAUGAAGCUACUAAAAAGGCAGUCCAUUGCAAAUCUAAGAAAGAGAAAAGAAAGACUUUUGCAACCAGUGCCGGUAAGCAAGACUUUCAAGAGAAAAAGCAAGGAUUUGGAAGGAGAUCUGAGUCCCUUAUUAACGGGAAUUCCUCUGUGAAGCCCCAAAUUGGGGAUAUGGGUGAUAAGCGAGGUGAAAACGGAGCUACAGGAGAUAGUUCAGGACAAGAUAUCCCUUCUGCUGAAAACAAGAAGCCAUCAUCUGUAGCGGGAAGACUUAAAAAGAAAGGCAGAAAAAGUAAGAAACGCGGCAAAAAAAGAAUGCUCACUUCCAAACCAGUCAUUGAAGAUUCUGGAGCCUCAGAUACGUCGGUUAAUCAUACUGUUGCCUCUGAGACAAGCGUUGUUGGUAACCUUACUGAAAUAGCAACCAAGCAAACAGUCACUGAAGAAGAUAGAAAUCAAACUAUGUGCAUGGAGAGUUUUGAUGAAAGUACUCGUUUCGAACUGCAUACUAUUAAAAGAAAAUCAACUGGGUCAUCUUCUUCCACUAGACAUCAAAACAAGGAGAAACUUAAAAUCGACAGAUUGCCACUGAGGCGGAGUACAAGAAACCAUGUAUUAUUAAGUGGACCAGAUAAGGAGUAUUUUGUUUGUAAAGCUCGUCAGUUGCUCGAGAUAGAUGACAUUUUAGGUUUAUCAUCAGAAACCCAUCCUAAUGGUAAGAAUGGGAUAAACGGUUGUAUACCUAAGGAGUCGAUUCUGGAACUGAUACAUGACUUUGAGAGAGAAAUUCCAAUUGAGAUUGAAAGAACAGAGACUCCUGCAUCGGAGGUCCAAAAAACAGAAGAAUCUUCGCCAAAACCUAAAGAACAAAGUCUUCAGCUCGAUAAGAUAUGUACAAAUAACCGUUUGCCAGAAAAAGAAUGUACACAAACAAAUGUUGAUUCGGAUAACAGCGUUAGCUCAACAAUCUUUGGAAAUGAGAAAUCAAGUGAAACCAUUCAAUUAGGUCAAGAGAUCCACUGUGGUGACAAGGAAAAGCUGAAGGAAAAAGAACUUACUUUGUAUAAUGAACCUGUAGAUGGUUAUUUACACAUCAGAUCAGAUGAAAAUCUUUCCACUUGCACUUUGAUUUCUUCAUGUCAAAAAGAUGAUACUUACCAAGAUAGUUUUAAUCUUGAAUGGCAAGAGCGAGCAAAAGAUCAUAUUAAAGAUCCACAUUCAGAGACAUUUUCUACUGGUGAAAAGGGGAUUCGACUUUCUAUCCAAUUUUCAGACAACGCUAUAGAACCGGAAAUUGGAGCUAUGGAGAUGAAGCUGAUGAGUGAUCGUUCAGAUGAGCACGAGAACGUAAAUGAAAUCGCUGGUUGCACCUUAGAUGAUGCUGGCCCACAUAAAAGUGAUAUUUCCAUAGUGAUGCAUGAACAUGAAUCGCCAAAGCAAAACUUUUUCACCACUGAUGAAGAAAGGUCAAAUCAAAUACACGAAGAUAUUGAAAGGGAUAAUACCGUCUUUGAAUCUGAGGAACUGAAUGGCGUAGAAGAUGCGGACGUGUAUUUGAAUGCUGAUGAUGUAGGGCUUCCAGUUAGUAAAGGCUGUGACAUUAACAAAGAUUAUCCCACACCAACUGUAUUUGCCAAAGCUGGAGAUCAAAAUGCAAUCGAACCUCAAGGCAAAGAGAUAGACGCCUUUAAGUUAGGGACGAUGCCAAGUAUAGAUACUGACUUUGAAAAAUCAUCUCAGCUUGAUCUGCAUGGUCUAGUUGACUUUCAGCCAGCUUUCAGUCGUCAAAAUCUGCCCUUUGGGCCUGUAUUUGCCUGUUCUCAAUCUUAUCAUGACAAAGGUUUUGACAGCACAUGUAACGUAUUGUCGUCCUUAACAACCCAAAUGACACAUGGAGAGGGAUACAUAGCAGCAGGUAAAGCUACUAUAAACAAUCCUACACUCGGUAUUAUCAACCAAUUAGAUUUGAAUAAUCCUAGCUCUUUGAGAGGAAUUCCAACUGGACAAUCUGCAGUACUUUCUCUGGUAGAUCCAAAGAAAAAUGACCUUUACGGUAUAGUGGAGUACCAGAAAAGUAAAAAUGUAAAUAACGUUUGCAUAUCAGAAGAAGAUCAAAUUGAGACGGAGAGAAGGGAAAAUGAACAGUUUGAAGAACAAUGCACAACUUUAGUGUCUUCUUGUGGGUCAUAUGAACUGGACAAUCCAGAAGCUUAUACUUUAGUUGUUGAAAAAAGAGGUGAAGCAGAAAGUUCAAAUCUACUUCCAUCUUUCACUGAUUGCAGUAGAUCUCUACAUGGGCCUGAUCUGGAGAGUACGAAAGACCAAAGUGACCAGUGUCCUGUCUCAGCUGGGUUGAACAUUUUUAACAGAUAUCAAAAUAUCGAGCAAGAAUCCAAUUUGAUGAAGAAUCAUGAAGAAAAUCCCCCUGUGCCGGACCGGGAUGAAAGAUGUGAGAAGAGAGAUGGCCUAUUAAAUGUGCCUGAUAGUGAUUAUUUGGAAGAUAACGGGAAAACACCUCCCGAAAUUGAAGAACAAGAUGUCCUGUCAACGGAAUGUGUAAACCUCACCUCUUCUAAUUCAUAUGAAGUAGUGAAGUCGUCACCUCAACCUCUGUCAGCUAGUAGCUCUCCGAGUCAUCAAAGUCCAGUCAGUCAGAGGCAAUCUAUUUUGAGUUCUGGUGAUUCUGUCAAAAGUGGAGAAAGCCCCUCUGUAAAUUGCUGUAAAAGACAAAGGAAGAGGAAGUCAAUGUCAGAUUUUCAUGUGGGCAUCGCGUUUGAUGAAAUACUGUCAAGCAGAGGUAGGGCUACCGAAGUGGAUAAAGGAAAGCCUGGCUUUGGAAAGAAGAAACGUGACGGUGUGAGGAAGAUAGAUUUUGAUCUGCACAAUACUGUUAAAAACAAAAGCACCUUGGAAGAAGAAAUUUUCGACAAUGACAGUAAAGUCACCAUUUCCCCCGAAGGAACUAAAAAAGCCAAUAAAAAGUCAAAAUCCUCUGAUAUCGGAAGGCAUUCAUCAGGAAAGAAAAAUUUGAUGGCCUUUGAGCAGAAAUCAUUGUUGAACGACACCAGAAAGAUUUCUAUAGAGAAUAAUAGAGAUGAACUGAAUACAACUGUAGAUAAGGCUUCUAUAGAUGGUGCAGAAGAUAUCAACUCUUUAGGAACCGAUGACCAGGGGGUUUCAGUUGAUGACCAAACUCAGAAUUCAAAUCCAAAGCAAGGGGAAUUUUCAGAUGAGCCAAAAAGCAAAACGAAAAAGUCACUGAAAACGGAAUGCAAGAACUCAAAAUUAACAAAAGCUGAGAGAAAAGUCACUCCAAAGAAAAGCGCCUUAAAUUCUUCAUCGAAAAAAUCCCCCAAAAAGAGUGGAAAGGAUCCAAGAAAAAGUAAAAAAAACGGCAGCAGGUCAGAGAGUGAAUGUAGGGCAACAACAGCUGGUACGAAUACUGAGGAAACACUCUAUUCCGAGAAACUUUCAUCAAACGAUGGUGUACGGACAGAGCUGGCUUCCAAUACGGCUACUCCUACUGCUGAUAAAAAGCCUAAAAGGAAGUAUGUUAGAAGGAAGAAGUUAAACGAAGAAUUGAAAGACAGUCAUACAGAAAUGGUUGAGAUGGCUAAUGUAGAUAAAGUGAAGAGAGGCAAAAAGAAGUCAGUCAGUAAGGGUAAAGAUGAAAAUCAAACUAAAACAAAAGGAGGUUUCCACAAACGAAAGAGCAUGAAAGCUGAGACUGGUAUUACGGAAGUUCCUGUUGAUGACAUAGAAGAAAGCAAGAGUGGCAGAAAGGUAAGAAAGCGGAAACAAAUUUCUUUGGAUGACAAAAAUGAAGCUCAGGAUUACUCUGACAUGGGACCACCACCAAAGCGCGUAAAACGCAAAAAGAGCUUAACCAAACAAAACCGAAAUAGGCACAGGAAGGCCUCUAAAGAUCUGCAGAAUUCGGAUGGCCAAACACCAAUAUCUGCGGACACAGGUGUCAUUGAUACUUACUGUUCUAGUGAUAAAGACUCUUUAGUGAAUAACUUUGAUAAAAAAAGCAACCAAAGUGGUUUGGAUGAAGGCACAGAAAAAUGCAGCGUGGUUGAUGCUGCGAAAGAUAAUCACUUUGAAAGGUCGUUAGCAGUGUCUUGUGUGCCUGGAAAGAAACUGAAGAAAGGAGAAAAACUAGAAACACGAAGUAAUGUUUCGGAUGAAACGUCAUCCAUUUCUGGGAAAGAAGGUGACGAUGCUGGUAAGAGCAAAAGAGACAGCAUUUGUGUUAUUUGUGAACAAUCGGAAGGAUUAUUGUCGUGUAACGGUGUUUGUUACAGCUCAUUUCAUCCAGAUUGCUUAGGACUAAGUACUGUUCCAGACAAAUUUUUCUGCGAUGAAUGCCUAACAGGCAAUCAUUCGUGCUUCCUUUGCAAAGAAACCGGGAAAUUACGCAAAUGCAGCUACCCUACUUGUGGCAAGUUCUAUCAUCAAGAAUGUGCAGAGAAAACACCUGGUUGUCGCCUUGAAAACAACAAACUUUACUGCUCGUUGCAUAGUUGUGGAACUUGUACUAAUGAUAAAGACAGCAAUAUGGCAUCAAAAAAGCGAAUGUUGCGAUGUGUACGCUGCCCUACGGCAUACCAUGCAUCUGGAUGCCUCGUGGCAGGAUGCAUGCAGUUGACAAGCUCUUUGAUGGUUUGCAACAAGCACUUUGUACCACACAAAAGCAAGCCGCAUCACACACAUUAUAAUGUCAGUUGGUGCUUUGUCUGUUCAAGUGGUGGGAUGUUAGUAUGCUGCGAUACUUGUCCAGCUGCGUUUCACCCCGGUUGUGUUGAAGACCUUGAUGGUGUUCCAGACGAGGCUUGGCAGUGUGACUCUUGCAGAGAGGGGAAGAAACCUCUUUUUGGUGACCUUGUUUGGGUCAAGUACGGAUUCUGGAGAUGGUGGCCAGCAAGGAUCUGCUUUCCAGAUGAAAUUCCGCUUCGAAUCCAAAACCUACCACAUGAUGUUGGUGAAUUCCCAGUUAUGUUUUUCGGAUCAAGAGAUUACUGUUGGCUGCAUGCAGGCCGGGUGUUCCCAUACCAGGAGGGUGACAAGGGCUGCAAAGUUAGCAAUAAAAGUGGAACGAACAAGAUCUUUGAGAAGGCAAUACGAGAAGUUGAAGAGGCUUACAAAGAGCUGAAGGAGAUACAGGACAAACAGUUGGAACAAAAGUUGGCAAAACAGUCAAAGAAACCACCGCCGUACAAACACAUUAAGACAAACAAAUACGUUUCAGCAAUGAGGAAUCUUAUCGACCCUUCUGAGUUCACUCUUUGCGAAUGUUCCCCCAGAGCGGAAAACCCCUGCGGGUCAGGCUCAGAAUGCUUGAACAGGAUGUUACAAAUAGAAUGCAAUAAGACGUGCAAGGCCAAUGAAAAGUGCCAAAAUCAACGCUUUCAAAAGUGCGAGCAAGUUGACUGCGUGCCGUUUAAGACCGCUCGUUGUGGUUGGGGAUUGAAAACCAGGCAAGAUAUAAAAAAGGGUGAUUUUGUGAUUGAGUACGUUGGCGAGCUGAUAGACGAAGCGACGUGUCGGAAGAGAAUCAAUGAUUACCAUGAUAAGGGUAUCAUUGAUUAUUAUUUCCUUGUUAUCGAUAAGGACAACAUUAUAGAUGCUUACCCAAAAGGAAAUACAUCCCGUUUUAUGAACCAUUGUUGUGAUCCGAACUGUGAUACGCAGAAAUGGACUGUAAACGGUGAGAUAAGAGUUGGUCUCUUUGCGAACAAAGACAUUAAAGCUGGAUCAGAGCUCAUGUUCAACUACAAUUUAGACACUCUAGGCAACGAAAAGAAGGCUUGUCAAUGUGGUUCUAAAAACUGCAGUGGCUUUUUGGGUGUUCGGCCAAAGACACAAAAUGCAAUUGCUUUAGGAGAAAAGAAGAAAAAGGACAAGCAAAAGAAAAAGAGGAAAAGCAAAAAGGAUAAAACGAAAGUUAUAAGACACGAAGAUGAGUGCUUUGCAUGCGGAGACGGUGGUGAACUGAUAAUGUGCGAUAGGUUAUCCUGUUCCAAAUGCUAUCACCUCAAAUGUCUCACGCUUUCGGAUAUGCCGAAAGGCAAAUGGGACUGUCCUUGGCAUUUCUGCGACAUUUGUGGCAAACGAGCGAGCUACUAUUGUAGCAUAUGUCCAAAUUCAUUUUGUGGCUCACACCAUGACGGGGAGAUUUUUGAAAUUUCAGAAGGUGUGUAUGUUUGUGAUGAGCAUUCUGAUGACGAGGUUAACGCAGAAAAGAACAGAGUAAGACUUUCAAAGGAAAAUAGUUCAAAGGCAACCGGUCAGACAAGCACAGGUCAACAUGGAAGAGGUCAGAAGGACAAGGGUCAAAAGGAUAAAGGUCAAAAGGACAAGGAGCAGAAGAGCAAAGGUCAAUCUCAGUCAGCUAGCAGUGUUCUAAAUAGUGAAGACAAGUCAUAGUUCUUUGUGCCAACCUCCCCCUUUUGUAUAAAGGUCAAGGGCUGUUGAAUUUUCGUUCGAUUUGGCUACAAGGUCACUGGGCAGUAGCUGCAAAGCAGAGUCUUCCGACUUCUCAACGCUUCAGGUCUUCGAGUUUCGAAUAGACUGUAGACAGGUCUCUAUGGUGAUGGUUUUGUAUUGCUUCUAGUAAGGGGUGUCACUUGUUGUCAGCUGCCAACACGAUAUGUAAAUCGAUUUAUCGAUUGCGGGGCUUCAUGGACAGGUUUCUGUAUACUUGCUCAAACUACCUUCUUGAUAGAAUUCCACAAGGAUGUGCACUGGCGCAAUUCUUAUUGAAACUGCUGCUGGAUAUUAUUCUACCGAAAUAGUUUUCUCGAUAAGCCCAAUCGAGAUUCAAAACAUAUAUGUCCACUUAGACCUCAAGUAAGCAAAUUGUUCUGUUUAUUGCUUCAAAAUAAUAAUCCAUUAGAACCUUUUUUCUGUAUAUUGUUUGCAUACACCUUUUACUUGAAAAUUGUCCUCCCACUGUGUUGCCUGAUCGAGUGACAUCCUACUCGAUAAAUGCAACAAUGAAAUUGUAUUUAUCUCAUUCUAAACAGACAAUUAUUUUAAUAAGACGAGAGCCUUUUGUAGUCUUAGACUGGGUCCUGUUAGUGUGGAUUAAUUUUAAGUAGGCCGCGUCUUUCUGAAGCGCCGAAAUACUUGACAUUCUUAGGCAUAGCGGUCGUGUAAGGCCGCGUAUCUUCGUUGUAACAUAGUCGUUUUAUUCUAGAUGCAAAGUGUCUUGAUAAAAUUUUAUUAGUAGUUGUCUUACUCUUGUCAUACAGUGAAGGUUAACUUCAAUGUCGGUUUACGAUGAUUUUAGUAAGUUGAGUCGCUCUUUAUUUAAUUGAUAAUAUCCCUGACGAUUGGCUUUCAUCGAAAAUCUAUCGGCAUGACUUUUGAGAAUGGUUGCUGUCGACCACUACAGCAGUGAUCAUAUGAGAAUAAAUUUGAUACACAGAGGCAACUCUCAGAUUGUGCAAACUAUCGCCACGCCCGCCUGACCAAUGCAGUUUUGAAUAUUUUUGCGUUUUAAACUGCGUUAAUUAAUCAAGGUAUAUAGGCCGUUUUACCUUGUUUCUUUUUUAUGUUAUGCUUUUAUUUUGAUUGUAGUAGGUUUAAUAUGUAGGAAUUUCUAGAAUGCAUCACAGGCAACGAACUGUUGACAAGGUAUACCUUAUACUUUACUAUUUUUAAUCUAUUUUCGUAACUAUUGAAAGAUUGUAGACAAUA